GUCAGCUGGGCCCGGGCCUGGGAGGGCGUUUGCUCCUGGGGAGCCUUCGGCGUCUGCGUUGUCCUUUCGCUGAUUCCUCCGCGCUUUCGACUUCGUUUUACCUGGAGUUGCAAGCAGGGACGCGCGUGCGCUGUCCUGCAGGCUCUGCAGGGACCCCAGGAUGUUGCGCUUUCGUCUUCUCCCUGCUGUGACGAGUUUAACUACCAUAUCUAGACGAUACUAUGGGACAGUACAUUCUACCCGCGGCCGCCGCAGGCUAAUGAUGAUAGCCUUUGUAGGAACCACUGCAGUGGCAUCAAGCACUGGACUUCUAUUAAAGAGAGCCCAUGCAGAAGCACCAUCCUCUGUGAAACAUGAAAUUCGAGCAGAACCUGCUGAGAAGGGGAAGAACAGAGAAGAACCGGUGAAUGAAGAGUUUGACGACAGGCAGGCUGUAGAAUCAAGUGACGAGGAUUCUCAGUCAGAAGGGAAGAAGAAGAAACGCUCUGGAUUUCGGGACCGUAAAGUGAUGGAGUAUGAAAACCGAAUCCGAGCCUACUCCACUCCAGACAAAAUCUUUCGAUAUUUUGCUACUUUGAAAGUCAUAAACGAGCAUGGAGAAUCGGAAGUGUUUAUGACUCCACAGGAUUUCGUACGUUCGAUCACUCCAAAUGAGAAGCAGCCAGAAAACCUUGGCCUUGAUCAAUAUAUGGUGAAACGCUACGAUGGGAAGGAUUUUUGGCAGACAGAGAAAAUCUCCCAGGAAAGAGAGAAGUUUGCAGACGAGGACAGCAUAUUCUAUGCCCUUGGAGAAUGUGGUCUGAUCUCGUUUUCAGAUUAUAUCUUCCUCACUACCGUCCUUUCUACUCCUCAGAGGAACUUUGAAAUUGCCUUCAAGAUGUUUGAUCUGAACGGUGAUGGAGAAGUGGAUAUGGAAGAAUUUGAACAGGUUCAGAGCAUCAUCCGCUCCCAGACCAGCAUGGGCAUGCGUCACAGGGACCGUUCGACCACAGGGAACACCCUGAAGACUGGCUUCAGCUCUGCGCUGACCACCUACUUUUUUGGCGCUGAUUUGAAAGGGAAGCUGACCAUCUCUCAGUUCUUGGAGUUCCAGCGCAAACUUCAGCAUGACAUUUUGAAGCUCGAGUUUGAAAGACAUGACCCUGCAAACGGUCGGAUCACGGAGCGCCAGUUUGGCAGCAUGCUGCUGGUUUACAGCGGAGUGCAAUCCAAAAAGCUCACCCUCAUGCUGAAGCAACUCAAGAAGCAUUUCCAAGAUGGAGAGGGCCUGACAUUUGAGGAGGUAGAGAACUUCUUCACAUUCCUGAAAAAUAUCAAUGAUGUGGAUACAGCUUUAAGUUUUUAUCACAUGGCCGGAGCCUCUCUUGAUAAAGACACUAUGCAACAGGUUGCCAAGACAGUGGCAAAAGUGGAGCUGUCGGACCACGUUUGUGAUGUGGUUUUUGCUCUUUUCGACUGCGAUGGGAACGGAGAGCUGAGCAACAAGGAGUUUGUCGCCAUUAUGAAGCAGCGGCUCAUGAGGGGUUUGGAGAAGCCCAAAGACAUGGGCUUCACACGACUCAUGAGGGCCAUGUGGAAAUGUGCCCAGGAGACUGCGUGGGAUUUUGCCAUGCCCAAACAAUAAACACAAGCCAGGAGGAACACGACACCCAGAGGAAAAGCAUGGAUACUGCUGAGCUGUCUCGCAUGCUGAGGGACAUCUUUUUUGAUGCUCAAUAGGUGAAGGCCUCUCCCCAGGGAAUUACAAUUGCUACAACAAAAGAAAGAGGGAACUUGCCAGGCAAGGCCCAUCAACUACAGUUUUCCUUUAAAAGACCUAAACUGAGGCCACUGGGUGUUCGGCAUUAAUCUCAGGAGAGCCCCCCCCCCCCCCCCGCGCCCUUUGUCUUUAUUUCUCAGGAAGGAAAACAAAUGGGCCACCACAGCAAUUUACUUUGAACAUUGCAGCUGCCUGCCUGAUCUCCACAAUAAACUCCUGCAUCCAAUAAAAGGCUGAGCUUGGUAGAGCUUGGAAGAACAAUACUGCUUGUGUCAGCUUUAGACACAACUUGAUGCAUCAUUGGGGCUGGAAUGCCAUUGAUACUAUCUUUGGCUUGAUCUGGAAAUUGAUUUGAAGUUACACCCCAAAAAAAAUCUCUUGAAGGAAACGUUACGCCUGUGUUAAAUGUCAAAACUUGUACUCUUCCUUCAGUGGUCUGUUACUUUCAAGGCAAAAGGGAGGGGCGAUGGCUGGAAAUGGCGCCUCAAGAGGUUCCUUUUCCCCUCAAAAUGGCCUCCUUUCCUCAGCAGUUUCAGCAUGUGCUGCAAAGAAAGGUUGUGAAUGUUCAGGAAUGGGAUAAUUCUUGUUUCAUUUUUGUAAAAGAGUUUACAGAAACUCGGUAGGCACUGAAGGAUUUCUCCCCAUGGUCUUGACUUCUGUAUGUAAACCAUAUGCAUAUCCUCCUAUCUGUACUGUAAUUGUCCCUAUUAAUGAGUCCAUUUACUCUUUUUGAUUUGUUUUUCUAUAUUGUCUUGAUGUUGCUCUUCAUAGCGCUCUUAAUGCGCUUGUAAAAUAUUACUUCAAUUAUAAUAGUUCCCAACAAAAAGUAAGGGUUCUAUGAAUCAUAGAGUUGGAAGAGACCAUAAGGGCCAUUAAGUCCAACCCCCUGCCAUGCAGGAACACACAAUCAAAGCACUCCUGACAUAUGAUCAUCCUGCCUCUGUUAAAAAUCUCCAAACAAGGAGAUUCCACCACUCUGAGGUAGUGGAUUCCACUUGGGUGCUGUGUGGUUUCCGGGCUAUGGAUCCCACUGUUGAACAGCCCUGACAGUCAGAAAGUUCUUCCUGAUGUUUAGGUGGAAUCUCUUUUCCUGCACCUUAUGUCAUCGUUGCUUUCUGAGAAACUUCAUGAACUUAACUGGAUUUGAGUUGGUUCUGGCAGCAAGUCCACAAACCUCUGCUGUGUCUCACUGGGGAGGGGAGUUACACGCUAGUGAGGCUUUUCUGUUCUCAGCCACAAAUAGCCAGGCUUGCUGCUUGGAGAAAGAACCAUAGAUAUUAAACUUUUCAUGCAAAAA